CGUUUCGCGUCCAAAUACGUUUCGUGAAAAAAAUACAGAAGAUUUACCAGAGGAUCAGAACUACUACAUAUUAAGACAUACAAAAAUAUUCAUACUAAAAACAAAAAACAUAGAUAUGAUAUAAAAAGAAAGAAGAAUUAAGAAAAGGUUUUAGGGGAUAUUGACAAAAAAAGAGUCUAAAACCCUAUAAAAGAAGAAAGAAGAAGUAAAGAAAAUAUUGUGACGUUUUUGGUAAAAUAAAUAAUCCUAAUAUAGACUAAUUACUCACAGGUGCUGAUCUCCCACCAAAUAAAGAUGGAACUACAUUCUAAGACACACAAAAAUAUUCCUUAAAUAUAAACGAAACUAAUAGAAAUAAUAUAAAGAAAAGAAAGAAGAAAUAAUAAGAAAACCCUAUAAAAAAAGAAAGAAGAAGAAGAAGAAGAGAGAAGAAAGAAGAAAGAAAGAAGAAGAAAGAAGAAAAGAAAGAAGAAGAAAAAGACGUUCAAAAGUCCUACGAAUUAAGACACAAUAUUCUCACAAAGAAUUAGAAUUACAGGCGUGUAAGUCGAAGGAGGACCCAAGGAGAGAAUCCGGGAGACGGAGACGACAAGAAUCUUAAAACUAUAUAAAAGAAAGGAAGGAAGAAAAUGCUAUGGAGACAUUUUCGAGGUUGGAAUUGUUAAAGAAAGAGACAAGUUUUAUGUCGUCGGAUAUUAAGUAGGGAUGUCGCAACAUGCGGGUGAUUCUCCGGCCCUACAGUCAUGUAGCAGUUUAGCCAGCCUGUGCCAGGUGGCACUUGAGAAGUUGUUGCUGCAGGCAUUUUGCUUACUCGGCAAGCUGGAGGCCAAAUCAAAGCCGGUGCGCCAUGUACCGGAGAAUGCGGUGGUCUCCUUCCUGUGCCAGAAAGAGCGUGAUGUGCCACUCGCUGAAAUUCAGGCAUACCUGUCAUCCAUGCCUACCAGCUGCAGACAGGGAAUGGUCAACAAUAUGUUAAAUGCACUCGCAACUCCAAGAUUUGACAAGAACUCCUUGAUAUGUAACAUUGAGUUUAAGUUCCAAAUCCUGAAUAUAGUCAUAGGUGCUUCUGAAAUGAGGCAGGUAUUAAAAAAGUUCUUUCAAUGUAUGUUGUUAGGAUAUGUGACAAGUCUAGACUUUGGUGGCUUUUAUAGUUUUGGGAGUUGGUGGAUUGCUAAAGCAAGGAGAAUCCUACUCUCAUGGGAUAAAAUGCAUGGAGGAGGGGAAUACAUUGAGGGCAUUGACUCAGGCAAAGUGAGUACAGUUCAGCUAGAGUCAUUAUGGCAUGACAUGGGUCAUGAGUACAUAACAGUUGCAAAUGCAGCUGCAGUUAAUUCAGUUAAGUAUUUUCACCAUUUGACAAGAAUCAACAUUGACCAUGUUGCAAGUGGUGAACUUAUAUGGGCAAUAGGAUGCAACUGUCCUGUCUUAGAGGAACUGAGUAUAUAUGUAGACACAUUGGACAGAAGAAAAUACUCAACUCACUUUGAAGAAGAAUUUUUAGAUGGUUUAUCUGCAUUAUAUGGACAUAGAAAGUAUACCCAGACAUCUUUUCGAGGAAAACCGGUUGGAUGCCCUAAAAUUCGACGUAUAAUUAUGCCAACACUUCAGAUUCAAGAAAAAAUGGAGAAAUGUUCAGGCAAACUACUGUGUUACUUACAUCAUCUUGAAGAAUUGAUAAAUGUUGGGACAACAGGUUCUAUUGUAGCCAUGUUUAAAGAGAAAGACUACAAUUACAGACCACUAUCACUCACUUAUGUGGAUGAUGCUCGAGCACCAGAGACUUUAGAUGUAGUAUGCAGGCAUUUUAGUAUUGAUAUAAAAAGAUUUUUACCCAACGUUACCAGUGUUAAAAUGAGGAAGACUCAUUGUGGAAUGAGACUGUUGCUUAAUUUCCCUCUCUUGAAAGAAUUAGAACUAUUGACAGUAGAAGAUGGUGAGCUAGAGUUUGGCAGUAACUUUGCCAAACUAACGCAUUUCAAAGGCAACUUCCGCUGGGAUGAGAAGAGACUGGCUGCUUUCUCUCAGAAAGCUCCUCGCUUAGAAACAAUAUUCUUCCUGUGUGGCUCCUUGUUUAGACAUAAGACCAAGAAGACCAGAGAGAAAAUGUCAUUCCCUAAGGCACGUGUUGUUAAAUUCUUCCAGCUAACACACAUUGAAUCAGAUCCUGUCAUUAACUUCUUGAAGAGCACCAAAGUCCUCACUCACCUAUUCUUUGAAGAUAAUGAGAAGAGAAUUGGAGAUAAAAAACCUCCCAUGUAUGAGGCAAUCAACGACAAAGCCAUCGCCUCUAUUGCCCCUUCCCUGAAGAACUUGGUUUGCUUUCAUGCCCGCGUUCGAGGAUUCCGUGGGGUUUGUAAGUUUUCUCUGACCAAAAAGAGUGUUCAUAGUCUUCUUGCUAGUUGUCCAAACUUGACUGAUUUAGGAAAUUUAUUUCACUGGGAUAUUCCUUACCAAGAUGUUCUGGCCCUCAAGAAACAGGCAAAGGAGGGGAACUGGAAGAUAGGUUUCACACCACCUGAUGAUGUGUAGAGUGAUAUGCAAGGAAAUCAUUGAAUUUUAAAACAACAUUCUAAUUGUAAAUUAUUCAGCACAUAUUAUUCAUCAUCAUCAUCAAGGUCUGUAGCCACUUGACACAAUAAUUUCAUUGCAUUAGUUAGCCAGUUAAGCCCCAGCUUUAUCAGCUUGACUUGUCCCUGACUUGUCCCUAGUCCCCGAGCAUAACUGGCUCCACAACUUUCCUUUUGGGUACAUUAUGAUUAGACUACCUUGGGCUACAGGCUUCUGUGCUGGCUUCAAAAUGUUCAUAUGUUAUAACUGCCGAGUAAUGUUUAACAAAUUUAAUGAUCACCAUUGACCAGGGAUCCUCAUUGCCUGUGAAAAUAUUUGGAGGAUUGGGGUUAUAGGUUCUAGUUUUUUUUGUUUUUUUUUUUAUAGAUUUUUGGAAAAUGUUUUGCACGAUAGAUAAUUUAUAAUAAAGCAAAGCUGUAUUCAUUAUUUAUUAAUAUUGUAUUGGGUUGGAUGGGUAUGAAUGGUGAAGAGUUGAUACUAUGUUAUAAUUUUAGAAAUAUAUAUGAUUAUGCAUUUGUGGAUGUUAUAUAUCUAAUUAUCUUUUGUAUGUGAAUGUCUAUAUAUGCAUGCAUGCAUGAGUGAGUGAGAGUGAGAAUGAUUGUGUGCAUAUGUGCACUGUAUAAGGUCAUUCAUCUAACUGAGGCUAUAUGAUAUUGCAGGUUAGUCCAUACCUAGACCAACCAUAAUAUUACAACACCUGUUCUCUGCAAUAGCUAAUGUAUUAUAUUUGUCCAUAUGAGAGACACUGAAGUAUUAUUAGGUUUUAGAGAGACACUAAAGUAUUAUUAUGUUUCAGAGAGACACUGAAGUAUCAUUAUGUUUUAGAGUCCCAUUGGUAUGUUUCAGUAUAUUUGCAGGACAUGUAUUAACAGAAAUUAUGUAAAUGGUGGGUGUUGGUGUUCUCCUAGGAUAGCCCUAGCAUAAGCCACUGAUAGGGCUCUUGAUUAAACUCCAAGGAACCAAGUAGCUAUCUGGCAUCUAACCAACCAUCCCUGUUCAGUGCCUGAUGACAGAAUUAGUGUGUGUUGACUGCAUUAAAUGAGACUGCAAAACCUAAUUGCAAUUGUAAACCUCUUGUGGUUGGUUAUGGUCUGCUGUAACUUUUACUUGAGCUUUAUCCAACUAUUAUAACUAUUUAAAUAUGUCAAAAAUGUGACUGCCAGUGAGCGUUGCCUUUUACGCUCUAGUCCAACUUAGAGAGGUUAAGGCAAUCUGUGAUAUUAAUGCAAUUAAAUACCUGGUAUCUCGUGACUUAUUAUUUAAUAGAGAGGAAUAGCAAUAUAUAUAUAUAUUUUGUACAUUUUAAAUGUAAUUCAAAGUGAAUAUUUGAAAUUGUUGUUACGCUUUUUUUUUUUCUUGAUUUCUUUUUAUAGUAAUGUGAAAUGUUUUUUUUCCAUUCAGAAUGGAUUAAUAAAUAUGCGGGACCAUUACUAGUUAGCACGUUUUAUACUGAUAGUAUUUUACGCAAAAUAUUUGUUUAAUCCAAUGUCGUCAGAAAAAUACUGUGCUCAUUUUAGAUUUUUUUGUGAAAUGUCUCUGCACAUAGAUGGCUCUGCUAGUGCUUUGCCACAAAGGAGUCAAUUAGUAGACCUUGUGACCUUACUUUAUUUCACCUUUCCUUGAAUUUGUGGAAAAAAAAAACUUUUUUACUAAUGCUAUCACUAUUGAUGGUGUUAUUUUUUAUUAUAGACAUUAUAAUUACUAUAAUAACAUUAGUAACAACAAUAUAAGUAUUAGCAGAUUUUAUACAUUUGUGUGUAAAAGACUUUGAAGAUUGAAAAGUUAUAUAUAUUUUUACUGAUAUCAUAAGUAAACAUUAUUGUAAAUAGUGUGUACUGUUUGGCUUAACAUUUGUGUCCAAAUGUUAAUGAUGCUACAAGUUUCUACUGUUUGCAAUUAUUUCUUCAUAAUAUGAAACAAAUAAAGUUUUUGAUAAC